AUGGAAAGGUAUGAGAAUAUAAAAUUUGUGAUGCAAGAAUUACAAACUCCUAAUGCGACUAUACUUAGACGACAACACUAUUUACUUGAAUGUAUCGAAUGUUAUUUAAAAUUAUCCGAUGCUGACUUUCUGGAAAAACUUGAUCAGCCAUGUCUAGAUGAAAUUAACGCUUAUAAUAGUACCUUCUUUUAUAAAUGGUAUAAUACUGAUCAAACACAAUUUAACAAUGAAUCCUUUCAAUAUAUUCAACUUGCUCUUCAAUUAAAUGGAAGAAUAUCAACACUUGUCAAUCGUACAAGUUCAUCGAAAAGUAUUCAACGGGUAAAACAUUUGUUAUUUAACGAUGACUGUAUUAAAAUUCUAUCAAAAAUAUUGAAACAAAUCAAUAGUACAGAUUCUCUUCAUCAUGAUGAAUUUUUAUUAAUAAUUUGUAGUUGGCUUGAUGUUUUAGCAUCAUUUAAAAAUGAACAUUCACAAGAAAAUUAUUCACAAUUUUUACCAUUAAUAACAGUUAUACAUGAAUGUCUAAAUUCACAAUGGAAUAAAAAAUAUUUGUCGAAUAUCAUCAAUAAUAAUGAAAAUCCUGAUGAAUUCACACCAGCACAUUUAUUUUAUAUUGGUACAUGUCCCUUUCUAAUGGGUUUAUAUUUGGAUGAUCCUGGUAUUCAAUUAUUUGAAGAUUUAUUUAUGAUGUAUCGUCAAUAUAUAAUUUCUUACUCAAAAUAUAUUAAAGACUCAAGAGUAAUGUAUUGUCUCGUUGGAAUUUUCUCGUACACUACUCAUUAUUGUUUAAUUAGUGAUAAAUUAUUCCAUAAUGAUACGGAACUAUUGACAUGUAUAUCUAUGAUUCUUCAUCAACCUUGUCGUCAUCUGAUUAAUUCUACAUGGUCUAAUAAUGAGACAAAAUUAAUUGAUUUUGUUCUAUUAUUUUUAUUAAAAUGUUGUUCUAGCUCUAAAACAAUGGCAUGUUUUCUUGAUGAAAAACAAAUAAUGGUAUUAGACAUUCUCGAUCUCGUGACAUCGGCGUAUGUUCGAAUUCGUACAUCAGCAUGUCUACUAUUAGCACAAAUAAUUGAUGUUGAACAAAUGAGAAAAUAUAGAAUAUGUCAUAAAUUAACGAUGAAAUGUUUAGAAUUACUAGAAGAAGGAUAUAAUCAAACAAGUGUCCCGAUAGAUUUGAUAUCCUAUAGUUUUUUAAUUUUAUCAAUUCAUGAAGAUGUUCAAUCUUUGACGGCACAUCUCAAUAUUAUUCCAUGGCUUAUUAAAAUGCCAGGAGCACCAUUUAUCUAUGAAAUUAUUUGGUCAUUAUCAUUUCAUCAAGAUAUUCAACAAAAACUUAUGCCAUUUAAACAACAAUUACAAAUUGACAGUAAAAGCUCAGAUACACGUGUAUCAAAAAUAGCACAAGGUAUACUAUGGAAUCUCGAACCAAAAAUAGGUCCAUUUACCGCAGUUCAAUUUGAUGCAAUGAUAAGCUAUUGUGACAAUGAUAAAGAAAUAGCUCAACGAAUUAAAAUCGGCUUAAAAGCAGCUGGAAUCAAAUUAUGUGAAUCAGAUAAUAAUAACAUGACAGAUAUUGAUAUGAGCAAUUUUAUUAUUAUGUGUAUUAGUGAAGAUUAUAAACACAAUUCUUAUUGUCAAGCACAAGUUAAAUAUGCACAAGUUAAACAUAAGAAACUUGUACCAUGUAUUAUACAAUCACAUUAUCGCAUUGAUGAUUGGCUCACUUAUAUUAUGGAAAAUUUGAUUCAAGUUGAUUUUGUUAAAAAAAAUUUUAAACUAUCUCUUAAUCAAUUAAUAUUACAAAUGUAUCCUCAACAUGAUUUAACUAAUAAUCAUUUACCAACAAUUCCUCAAGUUCGACGUCAGAGUCUUAUUCCAGUGCGAGUUAAAUCUGUAAAAAUAAAAACAAAAAGAUUACAAGAUUGGUUAGAUACAGAUGUUCUCGAAUGGUGUCAACAAACAAAAUUACCAACAUUUUUUAAAAUAUUAACAAAUAAUGAUGGCAAUAGUUUAUUGAAAUUAUAUGAUUUAUCUAAAACAAGUUCACCUCAAGCCGUUAUUAAUCUAUUAAAAAAUGAUUGUCGAAAACAAGGUGUACAAUUAUCUUUUACUGAAUAUAUACGUUUUCAAAGUGCAUUAGAAAAAUUGGCCGCCUGUGAUGAUUCAAAUAUUGUUGGAUGUAAUGGUGAAAUACCAUUACACACGGCAGCUCGGCAUGAAGAUGCAAAGUCCACUGAAGGUGUACUACAUCAGCAGAAUGGUUCUGUUCAAAUAUUAGCAUUAUCGGUACUAGAAAAUAUGCAUUGUUAUGAAAGACAAAGUAUAAUUGCUUAUUUAAUGAAGCAUCAUGGUAAUAUUUGUAAAAAAGAUAAUCAAGGAAGAACGGCUCUUCACUAUGCUGCUAUGAGAAACAAUCAUGUUAAUUUAAAAGAAUUAAUCGAAUUUGGAGCACCUGUUGAUGCUCGGGACACAAAAAAUGCCACCGCAUUACAUUUUGCUUCUCGUUUUAAUGCUGUUGAUUGUGUUAAAAUACUAAUUGAAAAUCAUGCUGUACUUGAUCUACAAGAUGUUGUGGGCAAUACACCACUUCAUUCGAGUAUGGAUAAAACAUCAAGUCUCAACAUUAUUGAUGAUGAAAACAUUACAUCUUCAUCCAAUACAACCAUCAUUCUACUAGAAGCUGCUAAAGAAUGCAGUAGUCAGUUUUUUAACUAUUAUUUGGAAAUCAAGAAUAAAUACGGUAAAACAGCGAUUAGUGUGGGAUGUGAACAUGGUCAAAUACAUUUAGUUAAAACACUAUUAUCUUACGGAGCAAAUAUACACAGUUGCAAGAGAGACUCAAGUGAUCGUUUCCCAGCCAUUCAUUUGGCUGCCAAAUCUGGCAAUAUUAACAUAAUCAAACUGCUCUUAAAAAACAAUGUUGAUAUAUUUAUUACUAAUAUUUUUGGUGAAACAGCUCUACAUAUCGCUUGUAAAUAUAAUCGAAUCAAAGUGGUAGAAACAUUAAUCGAUAAAAUGAAGUACGAUGAACAAGAUAAACUGAAACUAUACAUAAAUCAACGAGAUUAUCAAAAUUUCACUCCAUUAUUAACAGCUAGUUACUUUGGACAUGGUCAAUGUAUCAAACUAUUAUGGAAUAAUAACGUAAAUGUUUUAUGUCAAGAUAAUCAUGGAAAAAAUAUACUUCAUAUAUGUGCUGAACGUCAAUAUCAAGAUGCUCUAAAAACUAUAUUGGAUUUAAUUAAAACUUUUAAACAUGCUUACGAACUGUUGAUUGAUUCAGACAGACAUGGUGACAGUGUUUUACAUGCAGCAGCCAAAAGUGGUAACUUUGAAAUUUGUCAAAUGUUGAUAGAAACAAUGAAAUAUGUCAUUUUACAAAUACGAACAAUGAAUUCGAUAAAAUUUACUAAAGAAUAUUUAGCGAUGAUAUUGAAGAAAAAUCUGGAUAAACGUACACCAUUACAUGAAGCAGCAAAAUGUGGAAAUAUUGCUAUUUUUAAAUAUUUCUUCAAUAACAUGAAUGAUAAUAAUUUAUGUUCGUUAAAAAAGGAUUUUGUAUGGAUAGCAGCGUGCGAGGAUAGCGAUGAUGAAUUGAAAACAAGCUUACACAUUGCAGCAGCAAAAGGUCAUCAUGAGAUUGUACAAUUAUUAGUCGAAAAAGGUUCAAAUGUUUGGGCAUGUGAUAUGAACGAUUCGACACCAUUACAUGAAGCAGCAGCUAAAAAUCAAUAUCUUUGUGCAAAAAUUCUACUCAAUAAUCAAGCACCACUCAAUCAAGUUGAUGGAAACCAUUCAACACCUCUUCAUCUCUCUAGUCAAUAUGGUCAUUGGAAAAUUGUCAAAUUACUAUUAAGAUAUGGUGCUGAUGUUCAAAUUGAAAAUUGUGAUGGUUAUAAUGCCAUGGAAGUAGCUAUAUUGAAUAAUCAUCAGAUAGUUGUACAUGAAUUUAUUGUUCAUGAUACGUGGGAUAAAUCAAUGAGAAAUGCUCAAAUAAAACCAUCUAAUGAUGAUAAAGAAGAUAAUGAUGAUGAUAUAUCGACACCAAUGCGAAAACUCAUAUGUUAUAUGCCAAUCGAAGCUGAAGAAGUUUUAAAUCGAUGUAUGACUGAAGUACGUGGUACAGAAGAUUAUGGAUAUAAAAUUAUUUACAAUUAUGAAUUUCUUGAAGAUCAAUUUUUUGUAAACAAAUGGAAAAACGUUAGACAUAGUGAACGAAACGUUCAUCAUCAUCAUUUACAAUCUAAGAUUAAAAAUCAAAAAAGUAUUUUAUCAUUGUGUAAACAUAAGCAACAAUAUUCGACUGUUGUUUACACUACGCAAGGUUAUACAUUACAAAAAAAUCAUCCAUUAUUUAUCAUGAUUACGAGUCGUCAAUCGGACCUGUUAAAACAUCCACUUGUCGAUCGUCUAAUUAAACGUAAAUGGUUACAAUUUUCUCGUACAUUUUUUUGGAUAUUCUUUAUAUUUUAUGGCUUUUUUUUGACAUCCUUUACAAGUGCAAUAUUACGCGUAAAACAUUCACAAUAUUAUUAUUCAUUAUUUAAUCUGACUCUAUCAACGGCCAGUUGCGAGACAAUAUCGUUACUAAUUAAAAAUGGAAAUGGUACAAUGGGAAAAAAAGAUGUAUCAGAUACAACCAUUAAAUGGGUAUUAUGGAGUACAAUUAUUUUACAUGUUGUAAAAAAUGUACUACUGAUUUGUGUUAGAUUUAAAAUGUUUUUAAGUAUGAGUAAUAUAUUAGAAUUGUUGGCACUUAUUUUAAGCAUCAUAUUUUCAUACGAUUUUUAUUCAUGGCAAAUGAAUGUAAGAUUUCGAUGUUCAUUUCAAUGGCAAUGUGGUGCGGCAGGAAUUUUGAUUGCAUGGAUCACGCUAGUAAUUUAUGUUCAAUUUUUAUCGGCAUCGGGCAUCUAUGUUGUGAUGCUAGAAGUGAUAUUACGAAAAUUUUUACGUUUUAUUCCGAUACUACUCGUUUUUAUUCUUGGUUUUGGCUUUUCGUUUCAUAUGUUGCUGGAAAAUCAAGAUGUUUAUAAAAACACAUUUGAUUCGCUCUUUCGAACAGCCCUCAUGCUUACUGGUGAAAUUAACUAUGAAGAUCAUUUAUAUCAUCCGGAACGUAAUAACGGGACGUUUUAUUAUCAAUUUAUUUAUGUAUUAUACAUGUUAUUUUGUGUAUUAAUGACGAUUUUAAUCAUGAAUUUACUGAUUGCACAUGCCGUGGGUGAAGUGCCACCGUUAUUAGAACGAGCAAGUACAAGACAUUGUAUGAUGAGAAUAAAAUUGAUAAUGGACUACGAAAUUCUAUUAUCGACAUUGGAUAUAUUUAUUCCUUAUCUAAAACGUCGUAUAAAAAUUCUAAUUGAUAAUAAUCAAGAAGAAGUUAUUUAUCCUAAUCGUAUUGAUGCUAUUCGACGAGAAUUUCACGAUAUAAAAAUAUUCUUUUCUAAAAAUAAAAUAAAAACAAUGUUAACAAGUAACGAUGAAAAGAUAGAUGAACUAUUAAAUGAACAACACAAUUUAAAAGAGAAUAUUAGAAAAUUACAAAGAGAUGUGAAAGAAAUUAGUUUAAAAGUCGAUUCAUUAACGAAAUUAUAA